UUUGCAGGGCAAACACAGCACAUUAUUUGCUUCACGGAUGCCAUCAUAAACAUCCAAUGGAUGGCCUUCGCCUUGUUUUUCCCCCAGCUGCGGCUGCUAUUCUUUGCAUUCCAUUAUGGAACCUGACCAAACUCGUAGCGAAGCCCGCCGCAGCCCCUGCCUUAUUUGGUGGGGGUUUGCUCGGUUAUGUGAUGUAUGAUUGCACUCACUAUUACCUGCACCAUGGAAGGCCUUUCAGAAACCCAGCUAAACAUUUGAAGGUCAGAAAUCUGAACAUCUUACUAGGAAGCUCUUAAUUAACCAAAAAAAGUAGGCUUU